GCGUGCCUGCGGUGCCGGUUCAGCUGCAUCCCUCCCUGGGCAUCUCACAGGAUCCCUGCAGAGCUGCUGCUGCUGCUGCUGCUGUUGCUGCUGCUGAUGCUGCUGCACCUUAUUUCUGCUUCUUUUUAUUCUUCUGUCACCACUGAGAGCCACUCCUAUACUGAGCAACACAGCAAGACCUCGCUCCUCUCUCUGCUGCUGAGAGAUCUGCCUCGAGACGCCGCCGGGUUGUGCACUCACGGAGGCUGACUGGUGAAGUUCUAUCUGUCAUGUUCUGAGGUCACAGAUCAUCAUUUCAAGCCGGCCUGGUCGCCUACAGCCCGUGAAGGAGUUCCUCGACUUCACAGCAGCACAUAAAGCCUCCCAUUCAACGAGCCCGGAGCUGCAGCGAGGAGAGAGAGAGCGAGGGAGGGAAAAAUAAACACAGGUUUAAAAAGACUCUCUCUUCAUGAAUUCCCCAAAACCCUGAAAGGCAAAGAUACAGCGAGUUGUUUGGUGGACCCGGGGGACACAUGUGGACAAUGAGUAUGGCUUGGCUCUGUCUCCCAGCCUACACUGUCCUGCUUAUGGGUUGCUUUCAUACAGCAGUCACAGAAAAUGAUGUCACCCCACGCCUCACCUUCUCCCACAGUGCGAAGGAGAGAACCACCAGAAGCUUCUCGGCCCGUGGCGUUGUGAACUUCACCUCGCUGCUCCUCAGUAAAGAGGACAACGUGCUGUACGUCGGCGCCCGGGAGAUUCUCUACGCUCUCAAUCUCUCUGACAUCCGUGCCGGCAAACUUCAGAGAAACCUGACAUGGAAAACUCCAGAGAGCAAGAGAGACGAGUGCAGCUUCAAAGGCAAAGACCUGCAGACCGACUGCUUCAACUACAUCAAGAUCUUACUGCGUAUGAACAGCACUCACCUGUACGUGUGUGGAACGUAUGCCUUCAGCCCCAUCUGUGCUUAUAUAAAAACAGACGACUUCUCCCUCGUCAGGAGCGACAGCGGCGAGCUCGUUACAGAGGAUGGACGCAGUCGCUGCCCCUUCAACCCUGAAUACAAGUCGACCGCCAUCAUGGCCGAUGGAGAACUGUACGCCGGCACCGUCAGUAAUUUCCAAGGAAACGAACCCAUCAUUUACAAGAGUCUGAGUCAAAGGACUGCCCUGAAAACAGAAAACUCCCUCAACUGGCUUCAAGACCCGGCCUUUGUCGGCUCUGCCUUCAUCCAGGAGAGUCUGCCCAAGGGCAACCUGGUGGGCGAUGACGAUAAGAUUUACUUCUUCUUCAGCGAAGCGGGGAAGGAGUUUGAUUUCUUCGACAACACGAUUGUGUCGCGCAUCGCUCGCGUGUGUAAGGGCGACAUGGGAGGUGAGAGGGUUCUGCAGAAGAAGUGGACGACGUUCCUGAAGGCUCAGCUCCUGUGCUCUCUGCCCGACGACGGUUUUCCCUUCAACAUCAUCCAGGACAUGUUUGUGUUGACGCCCAGACCGGAGGACUGGAAGGACACGGUGUUUUACGGUGUCUUCACAACCCAGUGGUACAAAGGGGCCUCGGGCAGCUCUGCAGUUUGUUCCUUCACCAUGGACCAGGUGGAGAAGGCGUUCAACGGCCGAUAUCGAGAGGUCAACAGAGAAACGCAGCAGUGGUACACGUACAACCAUCCUGUUCCUGACCCUCGGCCUGGAGCGUGUAUCACAAACGCAGCCAGGGAGCAGGGCAUCUCCUCCUCGCUGCACAUGCCCGACAAGGCGCUGAACUUCAUCAAGGAUCACUUCCUGAUGGACAACGUGAUCCGCAGCCAGCCUCUGCUGCUGAAGCGCAACGUCCGCUACACGCAGAUCGCCGUCCACCGGGUCACGGCCGCGCGCAAGGCCUACGACGUGCUCUUCAUCGGCACAGAUGACGGACGGCUCCACAAAGCCAUUAACGUCAACAACAAAAUGCACAUUAUCGAGGAGAUGGUGCUUUUCCGUGGUUCCCAGCCCGUGCAGCACAUUGAGCUGGAUACUGAGCAGGCUCGGCUUUAUGUUUCCUCUUUCUCAGAGCUGGUGGAGGUCCCGUUCGCUAACUGUACUAAUUAUCAGAGCUGUGGGGAGUGCAUCCUCUCCAGGGAUCCGUACUGCGCCUGGAACGGGAGGCAGUGUCUGGAUGUUAGACAGGCUCCCGCAAAAAAUGUGUGGCAGCAGGAUGUGGACGAGGCAGACACGUCAGCCAUUUGCAACAGAACAGCACCGAGCCCACGUUUUGCUAAACCUCCACCUACACGAAUGUCUUUGUGCCAAGUGAUCGUCAUCCCCGCCAACACGUUCAAAGUGCUGCCCUGCAAACUGCGCUCUAACCUGGCCGAGAGGAGGUGGGAGUUCAGCGAGAGCGCCGGUCACUUCCAUUACCCCAGCCCGGAGGGGGGGCUGGUGGUGGUCGCUCACGCCGACAAGCAGGAGACCUAUGAGUGCUGGUCGGUGGAGGAAGGCUUCAGGCAGCUGCUGGCAAACUACUGUGUGAGGGGCGAGGCCAGGCAGGAGAGCACCACGCUGACGGGCCGCUCGCGUACGCCGCACAUCACCCAGGAGGAGUUCAUCAUCCUGCCAGGAAAGGCCCUCCUGCCGCAGAUGAACACAAAGACCUACUGGAACGAGCUGAUCGUCGUCUGCGCUCUCCUGGUCUUCUCCCUCGUGGUCUUCUCCCUCUUUGUGGUUUACCGCAACCGCAACCACAUGAAGUCCAUGCUCAAGGAGGGCGAGUGCGCCAACAUGCAGCAGAAGAAGCCCAGGAUCGCGGGCAAGCCGGCCGAGAACCUGCCGCUCAACGGCAACACGGUGGCCGCCUCCGUGUCGGAUCACAAGGGCUACCAGGCCCUUAAUGACAACUACAUCUGCAGCACUCCGCCGCACGAGUGCUCGUCGCCCGACAACAGCAAGAGCUUCUCCGAGUCGGAGAAGAGGCCUCUGAACCUGAAGGAGAGCCACGUGGAGAUUUCCUCCGCGUGCCCGCGGCCAAGAGUCAGACUGGGCUCUGAGAUUAAAGACUCAAUAGUGUGAGGGUUUGACUCAUCUUCAAGUGGAAGGAGAAAAGAGUGCACUUGGUGAGAGAAACUGAGAAGACUCGUCAUGGAGAAACAUUUCAUCCCACAGAGUUUGCACUUUUGUUUUGUCCAUUCUGUCCAUGUGGCCCAUGUAUUGUACACUUCAUCAUGUGUGUUCUUCCUCCUUGUUCAAGUGCAUUCAGAGGCGACAUGAAGAAGUUUCCAGUUUGCCUUCAGACUUUUGAUACGCUCACACGAGGCUCACGGGGACGUGACGAGCGGCCGCGCAGCCACCUGACGCGGUGACUGAACUCCAUCGCAUCGCCCACUCGCUCCGUCCAUUUCACAAAGAGGCGACGAUGCGUUGAGAGGUGCGUGUUUGGAAGUAAAUCUGUCUCGCCGGAUUUUUAUUUUAUGUUCCUUUUAAAGCUGCGUGCUUUCAAACAAACAAAUGUCCUUUUUAGAUUCGAAACAGUUGCCAGACAAGUUCACACAGUGUUGCCCAAACAAAAUUUCCGCUCUUGUUUUAUGAUAAGACAGACGAAGGCAACAACAACAUCGAGCGAGUAAAGCGAAACGGGAGCAAACAGGUCGGAGUUUCACUGAAGAAACACAAAGAAGUGUUCAUGAAAAGUUACAGAAGUGAAUUAUUCUGCUUGAUAAUCCCUACAGGUUAAAUUUCCCCUGUGCUGCAGCUGUACACACACAAACUCUCGCUCAGU